GAUGAUGAAGAAGAAUUGGGAACUACAGUAUUGCCGUUGGCGAGAAUCAAGAAAAUACUUAAAUUUCAUCCUUCACAUAUAUCAUGUAAUGAGGCAACUGUUUUUGCUACAGCUAUUGCAACAGAAUUAUUUGUUCAAUAUCUAACGGAGCAGGCAUUAAUAAAUGCUCGAAUAGAAAAAAGGAAAAAAUUGACGUAUAAGGAUUUUUCGCAAGCUGCAUCAGUGAAUUCUAAUUUGAAUUUUUUAACCAAUGUUGUACCCAAGACUCAAAGUGUUCGAAAAUUAGUUCGGAAUGAUGCUAUAAGGUAUUCUAAAGCG